CGAUCAGAUAAGACACAUGAUCCACACGUUCAAGUCGUAUCCAGGUCUGAACUUCCUCGAGGACUGGAAGGUGGUGACGAUGCUGAUCGGCAUGAACGACAUCUGUGAUUACUGUAAAGACAAGAUUCUAUUCUCCCCCGACAGUUUCAUCCGCCACAUAACAGAAGCUCUGGACAUGAUGAUGGAUGAGAUCCCCAGAACCAUCGUGAACGUGGUGCAGAUUCUUCCCAUGAAGCCCCUGAGAGACGUCCAGAGACCGACGCUGGGAUGUCAACUUCAAAAGAGUUUCUGCUCGUGUCUCGUUCAACCUGAAGAAAACUCCACUGAGCUGAAGGAGCUGGUUGAGAUUAACUCUGAAUUCCAGAGACGAUUAGAGAAGCUCCUGCACAGCGAUCGCUUCUUUAAAAACGACUUUGCUGUUGUUCUGCAGCCGUAUUUAGAGAACGCACAACCACCCAGACUUCCUGACGGGACAAUUGACUUGAGCUUCUUCACGGCAGAUUGUUUCCACUUCACUGUGAAGGGACACGAGGAGCUGGCCAAGGGACUGUGGAACAACAUGUUCCAGCCUGAAGGAGCCAAACAGAAGAUCGAGACGUUUACAGAUCCGUUGAAACUCAUCUGUCCACCUGAGGAUCACCCUUACAUCUACACCAGACCCACAGUAGCAUCGUCUGCUCCGGCCCUGAGUCGUGUCUCCUUGAUGCUGACGUCUCUGCUGUCUCUGGCCGUCAUGUUUUAUUUACCUUAAUUCAAUUUAGUACCUGGAUUAAAGAUUUAAGAUCCAUAAGAGCCUUUGACCCUCAAACAUAAACACUCAGGGACGUCUGAAGGGAAAUAUCAAAUUUAUCUUUUAGAAAAUAAAAAAUGAGAAAAACAAAAGUCAGAUAUAAUACUACAUUCAUUAUGCAGAAUUGUUUUUAAGUUUAUUUUUAAUUAAAUCCUUUGUCAAAUAUAAAAAAACAUCAUGAUCUAAUCUCUGCGAACAGUUUCCACAAAUUUAAUAAAGAAGUUUGACUCCACAGUGAGACAGAUGUGUCCACACAUCCACAUCCGGUUAUUAACCUGAAAACUUUAUUAUUUACUGAAUCUUCUCGUUUACAAGCUGCUGCUGUUGAUCAAAUCUCGAAAAUAGACAAAUGUUGAGCUCUGAUUUUGUCCUUUAAUAUCUUGUAAAUGUUGUUGUGUAUACGUGAGCCUGUGUUGUGUGUCUGUAACCAGGACAAACUUGACAUUGGAA